AUGGUAACCUCAGUUGAGCCGCAAGACAAGAGCCUGGCACUCGACCCUGAGGCCAAUGCCCUGUCGGUAUCGGAUAGCACCUCGGAUCGAUUGGCUCCGACCGCCGAAGAGAAACAGAAACUACGGAGGAUAGCAGGGAGUAUUCCAUGGGUUUCGUACCUGCUGUGUAUUGUUGAGCUUGCAGAGCGAGCCUCCUUCUAUGGUUGCAAGACGGUCUUCAACAAUUACCUCCAGUUCCCUCUACCAGAGGGAGGCAAUGGAGCCGGAGCUGUUGCCAAGAGUGACCCAAACGGCCAUGCUGGUGCUUUAAAUCAAGGCUUACAGUUUGCCUCGGCCAUGGUUCUCCUGUUUAACUUCCUUGCCUAUAUAAUCCCAAUCUUUGGUGCAUGGCUCGGCGAUACCAAGACCGGCCGUUUCAGAGCAAUCAUGUAUGGAGUCAUCAUUGGCGGCGUGGCACACGUUAUCAUGGUUGGAGGUGCAGCUCCUGCUGUUCUCAAAGCCGGCAAUGGUCUUGCGCCGUUUAUCAUCAGCUUCUUUCUGCUGGCAAUCGGAGCCGGCAUGUUCAAGCCGAAUGUUGUUCCUCUCAUCAUCGACCAAUACACCGACCAGACAGAACAUGUCAAGACACUCAAGUCUGGUGAGAGGGUCAUCGUAGAUCCUGAGACCACCAUUCAGAGGAUCAUGUUGAUCUUCUAUAUGUGCAUUAAUGUUGGUGCUUUUUUCAUGAUCGCUAAAACUUAUAUCGAGAAGUAUGUUGGCUUUUGGCUUGCCUUUCUUCUUCCAGGCAUCAUCUACAUCUUGUUGCCGGUGCUGCUCAUGUCGCGGUACAAAACUCUCAAGCACGCACCUCCUGAAGGAUCUGAUCUCAACAACUUCUUCAAGAUCAUUGCGUUGGCCAUCAAAGAGAACAAAGGCAGAAUUUGGGCCAAGAACUUCUUUGAGUCGGUCGAACCAUCGGCUCUUGCUGCAAAGGGCAAGACUGUUUCUUGGGAUAGUCAGGCAGUCGAGCAUGCUCGCAGAACUCUGUCUGCUUGCCAGAUCUUUCUUUACCAGCCAUUAUUCUAUCUCAAUAACGGUGGAGUUGGUACCGUUUUGUCUAAUCAAGGAGCGUCAAUGACUACGAAAGGUGAACCUAACGAUUUAAUUCACAACUUCAAUCCCCUCACGCUGAUGGUCUUCGCGCCCAUUAUGUCGUAUUUUCUUUACCCUCUCUUGAACAGACACCACAUCAAGUUUGGUCCCAUCAGUCGCAUGACUGUUGGCUACACCUCUGCUAUUAUUGGAAGUCUCGUCGGUGCUAUUGUCCAGUGGAGGGUAUAUAAAACCUCACCCUGUGGAGAUCACGCCUCAACAUGCGAUAAUGUGUCCCCUAUUUCUAUCUGGUGGCAGCUACCUACUGUUAUGCUGGGGGCUAUCGGCGAACUGUUCACCGCUGUCACGGCAUAUGAGAUGGCAUAUGCAAGGGCACCCGAGGGUAUGAAGUCUACUGUUGUCGCUAUUAACUUGGCUAUGCAGGCUCUAUCCUCUGCAUUGGCUCAAAUUUUAAUUCCUUCUAUUAACGAUCCUAAUCUCAUUUGGGCCUGGGCCGCUCCUGGUAUUGCUCUGUUUGGCCAGACUAUUAUCUUUUGGGUGCGACAUCAUCAUGUUAACGAUGAGAAGUUCCUAAUUCGUGAGACCUUUCAAGAAGACAAUCUCACUUCGACGGAAAAGAAAUAA